AUGCUGUACGUCGGCCCCCAGUACCAUGCGAUGCAUCACCUUGACCCUCAAAACUAUUUCGGCUCCACGCUGCGCUUGGUAGACUGGAUCAUUGGCUCGGCCGUCAGCCUGCGUGGGAGGCGCGUGGCCAUGACUGGCUCCAACGGAGCCCUCGGCCAAGCACUCACCCAUCGACUCAACCUAGAGCAUGUCAAAUGUAUCGAGUCUCUGCGGUUUGGAAUCGAGUGGUCCUACGACACAUAUGCCGCGCUCGCACCGAUCCUCGCCGACACCGACAUCUUGAUUCUCGCUCAUGGAUCCAAGGACUGCGAGGAUCCAGUCCGGGCAAACUGCGAGUCUGCCGUGGCCAUCAUCGAGCUGUUCAGACGGAUCCGUCCGCCGUCUCUCAAACCCGAAGCCUUGCCCGAGGUGUGGUAUGUCGGCAGCGAGGCCGAGCUCCACGGCGCAUGGUCGCGACGCAUGCAACCCUACACGGAAGCGAAGCGAGCCUUUGUCCCCUUUGCCCGGGCGUACUACGACAACAAAACCAUCAUAUAUCGUCACAUCGUUCCUGCCGCUUUCCGCUCUAGUAUGGGCCCUGCACUCGUUACGGCUCAUUGGGCGGCCGCGGUGGCGCUUUGGUGGAUUAAACGUGGAGCGAGAUAUGUCCCGGUGACAUAUACCGGCUUUGCCUACGCCAACUACUUCCGAUUCAAGUACCAUGUCAAGCCUUUCGACGCGUCCAUCGGCCAUGUAGACUCUGUGAACCAUAGCGAUAGCUAA